UGUGCCUGUGUCUAUGUGUGUGUGUGUGAUACAACGCUUAUCAAAUGACAACGAAUUAAAUUUCAAAACAGACUAGCAUAAAAAAUAAAAAAAAAAAACGGCUUCCACUUGUUAAAUAGUUGAUAAAAUCCUCGCAAAAAAUGGUCACCCUAAUGCCAUAUAACUACGCAGCGCCGCGCUGCGGGUUAAUUGAUAAAAUGAUCGAACCAAAGGUUAAACGUCCCAAAACAGAGCACACGGAUACCCAUGAACGCAAUCGUCUCUGCCAAAGCCAACAACAGCAGCAACAACAACAACAACAACAGCAACAGCAGCAACAACAACAACAACAGCAGCAGCAACAGCAGCAACAACAACAGCAACAAACACAUUCAAGCGCCGUGUUGGCCACCAGCAAUGGGCCCAGCAGUGCCGGCGCCAGCGUGGGCGUUGGCAUUGGCGUGGGCGUGGCCGGUCAAUGCAGUCCACUGGGCGGACUGCCGCCGCAAAUUCAGCCGCUGCAGCCCACAAUUGGUGCGCUGAGCGGCCACUACGCGACCAGCAACAACAACAGCAGCGGCAGCAGCAGCAACAACACCAACAGCAGCAGCAGCAACAACAAUAACAACAACAAUCCAAAUCCGAGCAGCUGCAGCCUGGCCGCAGCCGCGUCAAGCUUUGCACAAUCGGCGGGCAGCAGCUUCUCCACAUAUCAGCAGGCCAGCAGCGACGAGGUGGGCGUUGGCAUCGGUGUGGGCGUGGGCCUAAGUCAUCCUGCCGCAAUGUCGCACUGGACGCACGACAGCAGCAUUGCCGCCGCCGUCAAAUCGGAAUCGCGCAGUCCCGGCCAGGUGCACGCGGCCCUGGACAAUGGCGCCGCCGCAGCCGCUGCCGCCGUUGCCGCUGCCAGCGGCGCUAAUUUGUACGGCUGUGCGGAUGCCGCAGCGGCUGUCAACAGCUCGGCGGCAGCGGCUGCCGCGGCGGCUGUCUAUGACAGCAAGCACGACUAUUACUACUACAACAGCAUGCAGCAGUAUACGCCGCCGCCGUUUUAUUCCGGCUACGGGACGCCGUAUGCGGCGGCCAGCUCGGCGGCGGCAGCGGCGCGCAGCGCCAAAAUGGAGCCGGGCGCAGCGGCCGCGGCGGCGGCAGCGGCAUAUCUAACGCCCAGCUAUACGAGCGGUGGCGGCGGCGGUGGGGGCGGCGGCGUUGGCGUUGGCGUAGGCGUCGGCGGCAACAAUAAUGCCCAGCUCUAUAGCAAUCCGUAUGCGGGCUAUAAUAACUUUGGGCAGCAGGAUUAUGGCGGCUAUUAUAAUGAGCAGUAUGGCAAUUAUUAUAGCCCGGCCAAUUACUCGCCGUAUGCGGUUAGUUCGCCCAGUUCGAGUGCCAGCCAUGGCUUUCAUGUGGCGACGGCAUCGUCCAAUCUGUCCGAGAGCCCAACGGAUACGCACUCGACAACGCCUGUGCAUGCGGCCACCCACUCGCCGCACUCCCCGCUCCCGAUCUCAAUGUCGCCCAAUGCCGGCGUCGGUGUGGGCGUGGUCAAUGCAGCCACCGCUGCGGCGGCGCUCAACUCGAGCGGCGGCAGUAGCGUGGGCACGGCCAGCUCGGCGCCAGCGACCAAGUCGACGCCCACGGGCAAAACGGGCCGAGCGCGCGGACGCCGCCAUCAGCAGCCGAGCCCGACGCGCAGCACCGCCUCGGAUACGGGCAACAGCGAGGCGGUGAAGCCGCCGGAGCGCGUCUUCAUCUGGGACCUGGACGAAACGCUGAUCAUCUUUCACACGCUACUCUCGGGCAGCUAUGCCAAUCGCUAUACCAAAGACCACAGCACGCUCAUGACCAUCGCUUUCCGCAUGGAGGAGAUGGUCUUCAACAUGGCCGACACACAUUUCUUUUUCAACGAGAUCGAGGAGUGCGAUCAGGUCCACAUCGACGAUGUCAGCUCCGACGACAAUGGCCAGGAUCUGAGCACCUAUAACUUUGCCACCGAUGGCUUCCAUACGGGCACACCGCCCGGCGCGCCGCCCAAUCUCUGCCUGCCCACGGGCGUGCGCGGCGGCGUUGACUGGAUGCGCAAGCUGGCCUUUCGCUAUCGCAAGAUCAAGGACAUCUACAACAGCUACAGGGGCAACGUGGGCACCCUGUUGGGACCGGGCAAACGCGAUGCCUGGCUGCAGAUACGCUCGGAGAUCGAGGUGGCCACCGAUAAUUGGGCCACCUUGGCGCUCAAGUGUCUCAGCAUGAUUGCCCAGCGCGAGAACUGCGUCAAUGUGCUGGUCACCUCCACGCAGCUGGCGCCGGCGCUGGCCAAGGUGCUGCUCUUCGGCCUGGGCAGCAUAUUCAACAUCGAGAACAUCUACAGUGCCCACAAGAUUGGCCAGGAGACCUGCUAUGAGCGCAUCGUGACGCGUUUUGGACGCAAAAGCACCUACGUGGUGAUUGGCGAUGGCGCCGAGGAGGAGUCCGCUGCCAAGGCCAUGAACUUCCCCUUCUGGCGCAUCUCGGCCCACAGCGAUAUACGUGCGCUCUACACGGCCCUUGACAUGGGCUUCUUAUGAAAGGCUUAUGGCGUUCAGAAACGCUGCCAAAUCGCUAGCGUUUUGAGUGCGUUUCUCGUGCAGUUUUGAGUACAAAAAAAAAAAAAAAAAAUAGAGACGAAGAGAAAGAAAAUGGGAAAGUACUUUAAUUUAUUUAUGUAUAUGUGUGUGAGACAAAACUGUAAACCAGCGCAAAAUAAUUUAAUUAUUUUGUUAACAAACCAAUUAUUCAUUAAUGCCAAGACUCUUAUUGUAUUAUAUAGUUUUUUCUUAAAUUUAAUCAACACAACAAUUUUCGAGCAGCGAGCGGCGAUUGGGAAAUUGUUUAAUUCUAUAAUUAAAUGUAUUGUAAAUUAAUGACUAACUUUGUCCAGACGACAAAAUACCCUAUAAAUAACUAUAUAUAUACGUAUCUAGCACAUUAGAUUAGAUAAACAAUAGAAUGGCAGAAAAAAUAGAAAGAGAGAGCGAGAGAGAGAACGAGAGAGAGAGAGAGAGAAAGGGAGAGAAAGAGAGAAAGAGAGAAGCAUAGCGGAGCAAUGGUAAAAGAUGAGAAAAUGGAAAAGCAAAAACCGGAGCAACCACAACAAAAAUAAAUAAAACGUAGUUUAAAGGUUUUUUAGUUUACAAAUCAAAGAAAAUUAAAAUUAAACAAUGUAG